AUGGUAAUUUUGAUAAAGAUUACUCAAGCUGAGGCCUUUGGGCAAGAAAUCGGUAUGCUGAUUCAAGGGAAAUCGUUGGAAAAACAUCACAAGUUGCUGAGUUUAAAUCCUUUUGUGGAUAAAAUUGGUUUACUGCGUGUUGGAGGGCGUUUGACGUAUGCAAAUUUGGAGUAUGAUAAGCGACAUCCAAUUAUAUUACCAGCAAGACAUUGGUUAACAAAACUACUGUUUAUUCGUGAACAUAAAAAAUUACUUCAUGUUGGUCCUCAACAACUACUUUAUUCUGUAAGAGAGAAAUUUUGGCCAAUUUCUGGACCUAAUAUUGCAAAGCAGGUGGUGCGUGAAUGUAUCAAAUGUCAUAGAUUCAGAGCAAAAGCUGUCCAACCUGUUAUGGGAAAUUUACCAAAGACAAGAACGAUCGCAGCUUUUCCAUUCUACAUAACGGGCAUCGACUACGCGGGUCCUUUUAUGAUAAGAGAAAAAAGGGGACGUGGUUCCAAGUUACGAAAAGCCUAUGUUAGCUUAUUUAUAUGUUUUGCAACAAAAUGCAUUCACUUGGAACUAGUUAGUGACCUUACGACAAAUAAUUUUUUAUUGGCUUUAAAAAGAUUCGUUGCGCGCAGAGGUAAACCUUUGCAUAUUUAUUCUGAUAAUGGGACCAACUUCGUUGGUGCUCAAAGAGAAUUGAAAGAAUUAACAAAUUUAGUUAAGGCGAACAUUGAUGAGAUAGAACUUUUAGAAACUUUUACAAAUGAUCAAGGUAUUCAUUGGCAUUUCGGACCACCAUACGCACCAAAUUUUGGAGGUUUGUGGGAAGCGGGUGUGAAAUCGACGAAACACCAUUUAAAGAGAGUUUUAAAUAAUAAUCACUUAACGUUUGAGGAGUUUACUACUUUACUCGUGCAAAUAGAAGCAAUCCUUAACUCGCGUCCUCUCACUCCCCUUUCGAAUGAUCCUGAUGACUUGACACCCUUAACACCGGCUCAUUUACUCAUUGGACGUCCAUUGACGUCCACCUUGGAGGCUGACUUGCAGAAUAUUUCUCAAAACAGGCUCACGAUUUAUCAGCAAGUAGAGCAAUACCGACAACAUUUCUGGUCAAGAUGGAAGCGGGAUUUUCUGGGUCAACUUCAGCAACGAACUAAAUGGGGAGGCAACGAUUUCCAGAUACAACAGGGGGCUUUGGUUCUGCUCAAGAGUGACGGGACUGCUCCUUUGGAUUGGCGAUUGGGUCGCAUCGUCAGGCUCAUUCCUGGUAGAGAUGGGGUGCAUCGAGUGGCAGAGGUGAAGACAGUGACGGGUAUUGUGCUGCGUCCGUGCAACAAAUUGUGUCCUCUUCCAAUUGAACAAGAAUAG